AGACACACGACUCAACCCAAACACUGCAAACAGUUUACGCUUUCGUACUUGAUCCUGACCCCGGACCGCGCCGCAGUGAAGAGAUGAGCAGCAGAAUGAGGCUGGUGCGCAGCGCGGUGCAGGCGGCGGCGCUGGCCAACGUCCCCAAACACAUCGACCACUUCUCAAAGUUCUCCCCGUCUCCGCUCUCCAUGAAGCAAUUUCUGGAUUUCGGUUCGACCAAUGCCUGUGAACGCACCUCGUUUGUGUUCCUGCGCCAGGAGCUGCCCGUGCGCCUGUCCAACAUCAUGAAAGAGAUCAACCUGCUGCCUGAGUGUCUGCUAACAACGCCCUCUGUGCAGCUGGUACACCAGUGGUACUGCCAGAGUCUGCUGGAAAUCCUGGAGUUUCUGGACAAGAACGCGGACGACCAGGAGGUGCUGGAGAGGUUUGUGGAGGUUCUGGAGAGCAUCCGGAACAGACACAACGAGGUGGUUCCGACCAUGGCGCAGGGUGUGAUCGAGUACAAGGACACAUUUGGACAGUACGACCCUGUCACCGACCACAACAUGCAGUACUUCCUGGACCGCUUCUACACCAGCCGCAUCUCCAUCCGCAUGCUCAUCAACCAGCACACUCUCGUCUUCAGUGGCACCACAAACCCCGCCCACCCUAACAGCAUUGGCUGCAUCGACUCCAUGUGCGAUGUCACAGAGGUUGUGCGAGAUGCCUAUGACAGUGCCAAGAUGCUGUGUGAGCAGUACUACCUGGGCGCCCCGGAGCUGGAGCUAAGGGAGGUCAAUGCCAACAGCCCCCAGCAGCCCCUCUACAUCUCCUACAUCCCCUCUCAUCUCUACCACAUGCUCUUCGAACUCUUCAAGAAUGCCAUGAGGGCCACCAUAGAGACCCACGAGGCCAGUCGCUCCCUGCCCCCUGUCAGGGUGCUCGUCAGCCUGGGGCAAGAGGACCUGUCCAUCAGGAUGAGUGACCGAGGUGGAGGAGUACCGUUCAGGAAAACAGAGCGCCUCUUCAGUUACAUGUACUCUACAGCACCCAGGCCCAGCAUAGAAGACAAGCACCGGGCACCACUGGCUGGAUUUGGCUAUGGUCUGCCCCUCUCACGUCUCUACGCCCGCUACUUCCAGGGAGACCUCCAGCUCUACUCUAUGGAGGGCCAUGGGACUGACGCAGUUAUCCAUCUGAAGGCCCUGUCCACAGACUCGGUGGAGCGUUUGCCCGUCUUCAACAAGUCCGCCCUGCGCCACUACAAGCUCACCCUGGAGGCCGAUGACUGGUGCACUCCUUCCAGGGAGCCUCUGGACCUUGCAGUGCACCGCACCACCAAGUGACCCAAGAACAGAGGGAGAGGAUCCCAAAUUUAGAGGGCAACCAAGUACCCCCAAGAUCCACAGGCGGACCAGAGACCUAAAAACAGGACUGUCCACAGACCAAUGAUGGUUUAACAGGGCCAAGAGAACAGGAUACAAGUUUAUCCAUGGACAUCUGACCAAGCUUUCUGAGUGUGUUUUUGUCAUUACACAAAUAGGUGUUCCAAGGGAAAAUUGCACGUGAUCAGAUGAAGUUGCUUUAUGGGCAAUUUUAACUGCAUGUUUUGAGGGACAACCGGAGCACCCAAAAGCAAAGUACAUAGCAACAUGGAAAAGCAGUGCGGCAAUAGAACUUAGGACCUUGUAUCUGUAGUACUGACACUGAGUUUACACUAACUGCAGUGUGGGUCUGGAAAUACUUUGAGCAAGUUACUUGCAGAUUGCUUGUUACACAGACUACGAAAACUGCAGUGUAUUUGAGUGAAGCAAUGUGGUUUCAUGUGGGUUCUGCUGUUGUCUCCGGGAAAAAUAGUCUUCUUGUAGAUUGUUUCACAGACCCGCACCUCAGCUGGACCGCACUUAUACUCCUCUAAGGUCAAUGUGGCAGGGUGCACUUGUAGUCAGUAAACACCCAGCAUAAAUAUUGUGCCAUUGCAAAACCAGACAAGCAUCAGAACUAGCCCAGUUCAAGCUCAGUUUUGUCUCUAAAUUGAAACAUUACUUUACUUAGGGCAUAAUACUUGUAGUGUAGUGUAGUAGUGUACUGGCAGUAUACUUCUUGCACUGUUAAAGGUAGGAUCUUGUUAUUAAACUCUUGAUCACUGACGUGUGCCAUUUUAUGUAAUAAUAUCCAUAAACAUCCAAUACAAAAUGCAAGCUGAAAGGUGGGAACUUUACCUAUUGAAUGUACUGCAGAGAGAAGGAGUCUGUGUGUUUGAAAGUGUUUUGACUUAAAAAAGACAGAGGAGCUCUCAAUGUACAAAUGAAACAAGACACAACAUUUAUGGUAAUGAAACAACCUCAUGACAUGAGUGGGUUUGGCAAAAUACAUUGGCCUGUUGUGAUAAAAAUUUUUGAAGGGCAAUAUACAAGCCAUUUGAAAACUUAAAAACUAGACUAUGGGUUGUGAAUAGAAGUUUGUAAAACAGUUACUACCUCUGUCAGACAAAAGUGAAAGGGUACGAGUAAGGAAAGAAAAAACUUUGCAGUUUUGUGAAAGGAAGAAAACAGGAAGUUGAACUGAAGGAGUUUAAAGCCAUAUUUGAUAAAAUAGUUAGAUAACUAUUUUUGUUUGAGUCCAUAUUGUAUAAGAAUGAAUAUGUGAAUUUUUACCUCAAAAAUGCUGUUUGUCUUCCUACACGCAAAGUGCCUCUGCAUGUUUUAUGUUUUUGUUUUUUUUAUUGAAUGUGGAAAGAAAUUUUGACAGUUGUGCUUUUUAGAGGCUGUGUCUUCUGUGUGCUGUCUGUUUUUUAUAUUUGAUUAUGAUGAUUUGAUUUUGAUUUAUUAAACAUUUUUUAAAUAAUUUU